AUGGCUUCAGAAAUCUUGAUUCUCCUUGCUGCGUUGAUUUGGCCUUGUGCUGAGAACAUCAAUGUGAAAAUAAGUUGUUCUAUGGACUGGUUGAUGGCCUCCGUAAGCCCAUGUGCAUACAGCAGCAAUUUGUAUAUAUUUGCUGAUGAAUUAUAUCUGGGAUCGGGUUGCCCUGUGACUCGGAUACAAACAUAUGCCUACGAUUUUAUAUACUCUGUGCAUGACUGUGGGAUCAGGACAAAGGUUGUUUCGGAGGAUACUCUCCUUUUCCAAACAGAGGUGUACUUUAAUCCUAGGAAUAUACAUUGUGACCGUCAGAAAAUCCCUUUGGAAUGUUCUGCCUCUAGGAAAUCAGUGUGGCUUAUACCAGUUUCUACAGAUAAUGAAAUAAAAUUGGAUCCCAGUCCCUUUAUUGCUGAUUUUGAGACAACACCAGAAGAGUUAGGAUUAUUAAAUUCUAGUCAAACUGACUCCAUAUUUACAGAGAAAUUGAAACUUGGAAAUUGGGCUCAUGAAUUUUGUUGGAAAAACAAUGGUUUUAUACAAAAAUAA